AUGCCCAUUUUAAAAGUGCCAGUACAUUAUAACUUUGGCAUUGUGUCCUAUGAUGAGCACAAAAAGCUUAAUCAGAGACUCUUGACUAAAUAUCUGAAAGAAAGUUCGCUUAAUCUCAAGAUAAAAGCACGUAGAAAUCCACUUGAACUUAAUGAAGAAUUCAUUGAGAAUUUCAAUAAUGCCUUAGAAACAGAAAGAAAAGAAGCAUUCAUAGAUCUGGCUAAAAAAAUGCUUGCCAGAUGCAAGAGACGACUAGGUCUCAGUGUAUUAGGUUGUGGGAAGUACGUGAAUCUUCCAGUAGCCUGGACUGAGGCAAUCAUAUUAUCACAGUGCAAAGGAGAAAUUAGUGAAGAAGCUCUUGAGAUUCUUGGAAUUUCAUUGGAUCAUGCCCCUGUUGCUCCAGAACACACCAGUGUUUUAUUUUUUAUGGCAGAAUGCAUUUUGUAUAAACUCUGUUACGAUAUGGCACAGAAACCAUGUCUAUUCUCAUGUGAAAUCAAAUUGUUGAAGCUUGGAUUUUUAGUCUUUUUAAGACUUCUUCUGCUAUAUUUCUUUGGUUACCAGAGGUUUUCUGGAGAACACACAUUAACAGCAUGUGAAAUCUGCUAUCACCGUUACCCAAACAUUCUUUUUAGUGUGCAAUUUAUGCUGAAGGCUGGAGAAAUCAUCUGUGAAACAGCAAUGGUUUCUGAAUCAUCAUUAGAAUCCCAGGAAAAUUUAGAAGAAAUGGAGGAUAAAGCAGUUCUUGAUACAACAUCCACGAAUACCAGCACAGGAGCUGAGUUAAAUUCCAAACAAAAGCAUUUCAGAAUUAAGCCAUUUCUUUGGCACAGCCUUCUUCUUUGGGUUUGUGUACAUAACAGCAGCUCUCAAAUAGAUGAAGUCCUCAUGCAUGUCCUAUUCUAUAAGGAACAGCUUCAUCAGAAAAACUGGUUGGAAUCAGUACUGGCCUUGAUGGUACUUGGAGAGACUGCCAAAUUAAACAUGUCAUGUCUGAAAGUUUUAAUGGACUUAGUGAAAUAUUUUAUUUCAAGCUCUGUGCCUCUUCAAAAACAGGAAAAAAAUAACAAGAUGUCAUGCUGGCACUGGCAAGUAGGAUACAUAUAUACAAAUAUCCUUAGAGAAAUCUGUUUGCAUGGCAUUAAUGCAGAUUUACAAAAAACCGCUUUUCUUGGAUUCUGUGACUGCACAAAAGAACACAAUGAUGAGAAAGAAUUAAGAGGAGCAAGUUUUCUUGACCUUUUGAACUUCUGCCUUCCAUUUGAUGAUUUCUACUGGUGGAUGCCCCAGAUGAAUGCUGACAAGUAUGAGGGGGGAGUCAGUGGAGGGUGGAGAGGCUUAUACAAAAGGAUUGCUUUCCCAGUAGCAUAUCAGGCUUCUGGUUCUUAG